GGAUGAUAAAAAGCCCUGGUUUGCUCUGUCAGAUUCAUUAGCAGAGAGCUCAUGUCUGCGGAACACACAAUGAACACAUUUUGUGGUUCAUUUGAGACAAUUCUAUAGUGAAGAAAGUAACUAAACAUCUGAGAGUGAAGAAGAAGGCUGUUGUUCAUUAGAUAAAAUAACUUUCCCUUUUGUUUUAUUGUGCUGUUAGUUUCAAUCCCAAGGAGAAGCUGCCAGUUACAGAUGAUAUGACGCUUAGGAGGAUAAAGUCGCAUUGGAAGUCUACACUGAUGCUAAAAUGGAUUCUCCUUUGGACCUGUCAACCACCUCUCUUCCUUCACGAUGUAUCAGCUGUCAAUCUGCAGCAGUUCACUGGAUGUGCAGUUCGGGAGUUCACCUUCCUUGCUAAAAAGCCUGGUUGUGGUGGUUUGCUCAUCACUACUGAUGCCUGCUGGGGGCGUUGUGAGACAUGGGAGAAGCCAGUGCUGGAAUCCCCUUUCAUAGAGUCUUAUCAGCGAGUUUGUACCUACAACAUGACACGUAUGGUCAGCGUGAAACUACCCAACUGCAAGUCCAACAUUGACCCAAUAUACACCUAUCCUGUGGCCCUAAGAUGUGCCUGUGGGUUCUGUCUGACAAGCACCACUGAAUGUAUAACAUCUGUCUGAAAGUUUGAUGCAAUUCAGAUCAGUUCUUUUAUUAAAUUUCAUUUCAGUUGCUGUUUUUUCAGAUGACCUGAAUUAAACAUGUAACCAACUUUGUUAACUGUAACAAAAAGUAAAGUUACCCAAGUACAUAUUAAAUGACUCAUGAUUGGAAUUGCCUGCUUUACUCAAAGCAGAUGUAUAUAUUUACUAAAGUUCAGACUAUAUUAAAAACGGAAGUAAUUAAGCUUUCUGACCUUUUAGACUUAGACUUAGACUUAGACUGACUUUAUUA